GCUGACUUCACUCAGGCUGCCGCCGCCGCCGCCGUUGCUGCUGCUGCUGCCACGGCAACCGCCACUGCUACAGCAACCGUCGCCGCCAUCCAGGAGAAACAAAACCAGGAGAUGAACUAUGGACAGAUGGGUGGUCCAGCCUACAAUAACCAGUUCAUGGCCCACUCCGGCCCCCGCGGCCCUCCUGGCAUGGCUCCUGGAGGUAUGGGCCCAGGUCCAGGCCCCGCCAGAGGUCCCCCUUCAAUGGGCCCCAUGUACGGACCAGGAGGGGGCCCGCAGAGGGUCCCCCAGCACCCAAACUAUGGCCCUGGACCACAGCAGGGACACCUGAGGCCCCCGCAGGGCCUCAAACGACCAUACAGCUCAGAGUCCUUCCCGGGAAUGUCCCAGCAGUACGGCGUUCCCGUCGGUUCCAGUGUGAAUGUCAUGCCGGGUCCCGGAGGUGGCGGUGGAUCCAUGCCUGGUUCAGCUGGAGGCGGUCACGGCGGCCCCUACUCGGGCCCCAACAUGCAGUACCACCCAGGUCCCGCUGGUCCAGGUCCCGCCCCGCCACGGUCUGGCUCCUCCCCCUCCUAUCAGAGCCAUAAAAUGCCCCUCCCACCUCAGUACCCUCCCUCUGGGCCCCCCAGUUCGCAGUACUACAAGCAGGACCAGUUUAACGGGCAGAGCGGCUUAAACACUCUGACAGCAGGGGGCGCCGCAGGAGUGUAUAACUCCUUCAACCAGCCAUCAGGGGUAAGGAGAGCGCACACACGUGUGUGUCUGUUCGUUGUGAGUGUUUGGCUGAUUUGGCUCCUCCCUCGUCUAACACGUGUGUGUGUUUGCAGUAAGACGGCUCUGUUGGAGGGUCUGGAGGUGGACCAGUACAUGCUGGGAAUCCUGAUCUACGUGCAGAACUCGGAGUACGAGGAGAUCACCAUCGACCCGGUGUGCAGCUGGAAGCCCGUCCCCGUGAAGCCCGACCUCCACGUGAAGGAGGAGCCCGACGGCCCCGUGCUGAAGCGUUGCCGGACGCUCAGCCCCAGUCACAUGGUCAUGCCCAACGUCAUGGAGAUGAUCGCCUCGCUCGGCCCAACCCCUUCCUCCUCCUCGUCCUCCUCCACCUCGGCGGUUCCCCCCUCCUCUUCCUCCUCGUCCCCGAUGCCCUACCCCUCCCUGCCCGGGGGCGGCGGCGGCGGCAACAGCAGCACGACGCCCGAGUACCCCGGACCCGGAUCAGCUCCGUCCUUCCCCACGCUGUCGGCUCCCUUCUCCGACUUCAGCGGUCCGGGGACGCCCAGCAUCGGCGGCGACUUCUCCUCGCCCGGCCCCCCGCCCCUGUCCUACCAGUCGGAGCUCUCCAGCGCCCUCCUCACCCCUGACAAACCCCCCCCUCACCCGCUGGCUGGACAGAUGCCGGGCUCAGGCCGUAUGGACUCAACUUCCCAUGGUGCUCCUCUCCAGCAGCACCAGCAGCAGUUGCAGGGUCUCCAUGGCAACUCGCAAAUGGGGGGUGGCAACCAGAUGAUGCAGCGUAGCAGCCAGAAUCCCCGUCUCCAAGGUGACGGCUCCUUUGGACUCGGGGGCUCGGCGGAUGUUCCGGAAACUUCUCUUGACUUGCUUCCUGAGUUGACCAACCCAGACGAGUUGCUGUCCUACCUCGGCCCUCCGGACCUGCCGAGCAACAACAACGACGACCUGCUGUCGCUGUUUGAGAACAACUGAAGCGCUCGCACGGCUCCGGGGUCGGCCACGCCGAGAUGUCACGGCAACAUCCGAACUUUAUUUUUUAUCCUCGGCGCCAACAUGGCACCGUCUGCACAGGAAGGGGCGGACCGUGAGGAGGAAGGAAAACAAAAUGGCGACUUUUGAAUCUAAAAAAUCUCUUUGAUGUGUGAUUAUGAUCUCCAUGGUAACUUUAUUUUAUUGUUUUUAAUUGUGUUUCGAUGCUUCAUCCUUCAUUCCUUGUCAGUUCAAAGAGGCGCCACAGCGCUGCUUUCACGUACCUGCCCCGCCCACAGCGAUGUCACCCAGUCGUUCUUCGUGUAACAGCACAACACUGACAUCUGAUUGGCUGUCGGUGUUUUGGCUCAGCCCGUGAUUCAGGUGAUUCCAGUGCGGCGGCGUGCAGUACACAAAGGUGCGGCUGGCGUCGUUUGCGGUUCCAGUUGGUGGGUGUGGGUGUGAAAGCCGUGAAGGCAGCACUGUGGCGCGUCACAGCUGGGAGUUUCGGUGCAAAGAUGGCUGCAGACGAGCUGUAAGCGGCGUCUUUUCCCACGGACACGCUUUCCCUUCUCACUGGAGAUGCUGAGGGGUCCACGCCCGGCCCCGGCGUGCGACACGGACCUCCCAAUGACCAAUCAGAGAGAGGCGACACGGGCGGCUGUAGCUGCUCAGCCUCCUCCCCUCAUGUUAUGAGGGUUUUUUGUAAGCGGGCUGGUUGACCUUUGACCUGGCCGCGGUCUGCACAUGUAGCUUACUCACAUCUGGGCUGAAGCUGCAGUGACAAACGCUGGUUCAUCUUCAUCAUCCUGUGUUGUUGUAUAGUGACUUAGAGUCCAACAGUUGUGGUGUCUCCAUGGAAACCUGUACACGAUGAUUCAGUAACGAUGCUCAUAACAUAAAGUUUGUAAUUUAAUAAACAGACACUGGAAAGACA